UGCGCGUCUGCUGGGCUAUCACGCCUUUGCAUUAACAUAAGUACUGCAUGCUUCCUCUUAACUAUGGUUAUCGAUCGAUGAUACUCGGCUACCUCACUCCAGUAUCCAGAUACCCUAACCUUCCCACCGCUUCCUAUUGCCUCUUCUCUCUUCCCUCCCAACAGGCAACACUCUCAUAGCCUCUUCAGGUUUCAUCGCCCUCCCAUGGUAUGACUCUAAAAAAUAUAUCCUGCGCCCGCAUCACACAUAUAAGUCCCACGAGGCCCGCAUGACAACUGGCGAAACUACAAAAAAAUCUCCCAGUCGCGGCAGCAUUUCUUUGCUUGCCGAAAAGUGUUCCCACGCUGUUUGCUCGUUUAGCUGGUCGUGAUUCAGCAAGGGAGAAACGGAUUCUGAAUAACAUCACUACCAUCAAGAUCGAGCCAAGCCCCAAACCAUCACCACCUGUCCGCCGCUCUUCCCGCCUUCAAACUCUCAAGAAUAUCAUCACAGCAAUGCCAUCCUACUUGCGGAGCCCCCAUAGGUCCUUCUCAUUUCCACCAUGCAUUGAUGGUGUUGACAUCCAAGACUCGAGCGAGGACGGUCUCCCAGAUAUCGACGAGGAACCAUUUGCUCACUUCCUUACCCCACUCUCUGAGGAAGAUGACCCAUACGACCCUUUCUCCUUCAACGCAGGCAUCAUCAGCCAGAGUGGGCCACGCACAAACAAGGUCACCAAGUUCAAGUCUAACGUCGCCGACAAAUGGGCUCGAUACGUCAAACAAGAUCAUGCUCCACUCCAUGAGCAGUACCAUAGCCCUGCCUAUCCCGAAGAUGACGAAGAAGAAUCGUUCAUGAGCCUCGAUGACGAUCGCUUGUAUGAUGCGCCGCAAGCCGUGACGCAUAUCACUUCACCAAGGAUCACCAUCACUGAGCCUUCUCGAGGCCGCGACCAAGAUCUCAUAUCUCGCAAGGUGCAGAAUCGUCGCCGGUAUUCAAGAACCUUAUCUGGGCAUCGACACUCAUGGAGAGAACCCAGUCCCGAACUAUUCACCGUGGACGAGUCAGAAGAGGAAGAGACGCCUGUAGUCAGACGCCAAAAGACAAGAAAGGCCAAGGAUGGCGCGGACCGCCGGAGGUCAUCAACGAGAUCAAGAUCAAGAAUGAGGGGAGACCUGAGUGAGAGGGCCAAGCUAUGAGAAGGGGGUGCAUUCGCUUGGGACAUGCCUCUGAUGGAGAAACAAGAGACUGGUUGCAAGGUGGAGAAUAUGGGAGCAUUUGCAUUGGGCGGUGUCAGGGUGUCAUCAUUUUCAUCGUAACUGCAUUUCAGGGCGUUCGUGGCUGCGAUUGCAUCGCAUCGCAUAGCAUUGCUGGCGUUAUUAGUGUCUUUCUUACUUAUCUAGCAUUUCAUGGCGUUUCUGGCAUUGCCCGAUUUGGUAUACUUCGGCCGAAGCAUUAGGGCGGCGUUGGGAAAUGGGCAUUUACACGGUACAGGUGUUGCAUCGAUCUCAGAGCAAGAAUAUAUCACAU